UGGCUUUAAUGGUUCAAUAGGUGGUUGGUGAUAGCCAUCCCCUAGCCAUCCUGUGUUACACUCAGACAGAAACAAGGUGCUAGUCGUGUUGGGGAGCUAGCAGUUUGAUAGAAAGUAGGCUGUAUAUGGAGGUAUAGUUGAGAAGGCCAAAUGAGAGAUGAGUCAUCUUUUCAGCAUGGUUAAUGAUAUCUUUUGAUUAAUGUGAAUUGCUUUCCCAAGUGCCUGUGCGUAUUUAGACACCGCCUGUCCUUACCAGACGGCUACCGUUCACACUGUCUGGUCAGCUCAUUGAUGACUUUCCCCAGCUGCCUGGUUACCAUGUCGUCAGAGCUCAGCUUUAACCUUAAAGUAUGUCUUCCUGCUCCCUGUUUGGGCUUGUGGCACUUGAGCUCAUCACGCAGCCCGUUGCCUGUCCUGCUGCUGCUGGCCAUAUUCUGUCCCUGUUCCGCUGUGCAAAGUCCAGCCGCCGCUCUAGUGCUGAGUAAUUGCUCAUUCACUGGGGGUCCUGCCUCUUGACUCUCUGACACGCUGGAGUUUUGAUGAACAUCAUGGAGACUUUUGAGGCACUAUAAUAUGGUCCCUUUGGUAGGCUAGGUUUCUCGUGCCCUGGGAGGACAGGGUCUGUGACUGAUUUGUAUUUUGGCCAGAAACUCACCUGCAGUUGACACCCUCCCUGUGACAGCCUUCCAGAGGAUAUGAAGAUUGCAUGAGUUUGUUGUUUUCCCCCCAUAUUGGUCAUUGUUGGACAGUGGGUUGCCAUUUUAGUGGCAGAGUUCAGUGCUAGAUUUCAGUUUAUACACACAAAGGAAGCUAGCAGUAGUAGUCUGAUGGUAUACAUUUGGGUGAGUAAGUUUGCCAGAACCCUUAAAAAUUUAAACUCUGUUCCAUUCACAGGGAUUUAAUAAACUCAGGCGGUCAGCUCUUCAGACCCCCCAGCACAGUGUCUUUGCCCCAGUGUGCAUGGUGAUUACUUGUUGACUUGUGUCGUCUCCCAACCCCCUCAACACUGGGCUUUGAGCUCUUUGAAACUAGAGAUGGUGUAUAUUUUUUUGCACCACUGGGUCCCCAUCAUCUAGCAGGGUCCUCAUCUCAUAAAGGAUGCUCAAACCUGAACGUGUUCCCUGUUUGGCAAGGCUUUUCUUUCAGUGGUUAUAGUUGUAUUAAAAAUAGCUUAUGUAUUGUAGGUAAAAGAAAUAGUACAUUUGGAUUCUGGUCCUAGCCCGGCCAUUAAUAGAAACUUUGCUUUGAUGCUGGCUUGAGUAGCCCUGGAUCAUUCCACUCUGGGCAUCUCAUUAUUCAUCUGGAAUAUUUCUUAGCUUGAAAGGCAUGUCAAAACAUAGUCGUUAAAUAUUUCCUACUGUCGUUGCAUUUUGAUAUCUGUAUAUCACUAGAUCAUGAACUUUUGGUACGCCUGUGCUUAUUUAUCAAACACGUCUCUGUUGACUUUUCUUUUUCCCACCUUUCAACAUAACUUUCUUGGAUCUCUCUUCUUGAGGAGUAUUUUAAAGCUUCAUCCCUGGCACUCGGCAGAGAAUGUAGCCCACGGGCAGCUCUGCCCUUUGCUGGAGGCUUAAUUAAAUCAGCCUCCCUUAGGUCAGCCUUUGGUUUUGGUUCUUUCUUUCGAAGGCCAGCUGCAAGGCUGAUGACAUGCCUGCGCCUGCCGUUGUAAGCCUCUGCACAGCCAUCCGUCACUGUCAGCGGGUCGGGAGCCUCUCUGCUGUGUCCUCCCCGCCGCUGGGGAACAAGGGCGAAGGGGGAUGGCUAAGGAGCAUUGAGAGGGAGGGGAGAAAAGAGAACAGCUUUUCAGUAGAAAGAAUUGAGGAGAAAAAAGAAUCUGAGGAAUAAUAAUCGGAAACCAGGAAACAGAAGUGAAGAGCAGAAGACUGUGACAGUGUAUCAUGCGUGCCACUAAUUCCAGGGGACACUCCCCUGCUUUCCUGCAACCUCAGAAUGGAAACAGCCAUCGCUCGUCUGGCUAUGUUCCGGGGAAGGUUGUCCCACUGCGUCCCCCUCCUCCUCCAAAGAGCCAAGCUUCAGCCAAAUUGACCUCCAUCAGACAAGAACCCCGGGCCACCUUUGCAUUCUCACCUGAAGAACGGCAAGCCCAGAGAGAGAGCCGAAAGCAGAAGAGGCACAAAAAUACUUUCAUUUGCUUUGCUAUUACUAGCUUCUCAUUUUUUGUUGCACUGGCAAUCAUUUUAGGAAUAUCCUCAAAAUAUGCUCCAGAUGAGAAUUGCCCAGAUCAAAACCCCCGUCUCAGGAACUGGGAUCCAGGACAAGAUUCUGCAAAGCAAGUUGUUAUCAAGGAGGGUGAUAUGUUCCGUCUGACCUCAGAUGCCACAGUAAAUUCUGUAGUCAUUCAGGAUGGAGGACUGCUUGUAUUUGGGGACAAUAAAGAGGGAUCCAGAAAUAUUACUUUGAGGACUCGUUACAUCCUGAUCAAGGAUGGUGGGGCGCUUCACAUUGGAGCAGAAAAAUGCCGCUAUAAAUCCAAAGCGACAAUUGCCUUGUAUGGCAAGUCAGAUGAAGGUGAAAGUACGCCAACAUUUGGCAAAAAAUUUAUUGGUGUGGAAGCUGGCGGCACACUGGAGAUCCAUGGGGCACAGAAGGCAUCGUGGACGUUGUUGACGAGAACUCUGCAUUCCUCAGGCUUGACCUUUGGGUCUUAUGCCUUUGAAAAGGACUUUUCCAGGGGCCUCAAUGUGAGGGUCAUUGACCAAGACAUGGCCACAGUUUUGGAAAGUGCGAGAUUUGAUACCCACGAAUACCACAACGAGAGUAGGCGACUUCAGGAAUUUCUGCGAGUCCAGGAUCCGGGACGGAUUGUCGCUAUAGCUGUCGGAGAUUCAGCUGCCAAAAGCCUCUUACCAGGAACCAUACAAAUGAUCCAGGACCGGUUGGGAAGUAAGCUGAUCCAAGGACUGGGCUACAGGCAAGCUUGGGCUUUGGUUGGUGUCAUUGAUGGUGGAAGUACUUCUUGCAAUGAAUCUGUGAGAAACUAUGAAAAUCAUAGCAGUGGAGGGAAGGCUCUUGCCCAAAGAGAAUUUUAUACUGUGGAUGGUCAGAAGUUCGCUGUGACAGCUUAUAGUGAAUGGAUUGAAGGCGUUUCUCUUUCAGGUUUCCGGGUAGAGGUCGUGGAUGGAGUGAAGCUUCAUCUGCUGGAUGAUGUUCGUAGCUGGAAACCUGGAGACCAGAUUGUGGUCGCAAGCACAGACUACUCUAUGUACCAAGCGGAGGAGUUCACUCUUCUCCCCUGUCCUGAGUGCAGCCCUUUCCAGGUCAAAGUCAAAGAAACCCCUCAGUUCCUGCACAUGGGUGAGAUCAUAGAUGGUGUAGACAUGAGAGCUGAGGUUGGAAUUCUCACCCGGAAUGUUGUGAUCCGAGGAGAAAUGGAAGACUCAUGCUACGCUGAAAACCAGUGCCAAUUCUUUGAUUAUGAUACCUUUGGGGGACAUGUCAUGAUAAAGAAAAAUUUUACUUCAGUCCAUCUUUCUUACGUGGAAUUGAAACACAUGGGUCAGCAGCAUAUGGGGCGGUAUCCUGUUCAUUUUCACCUGUGUGGGGACGUGGAUUAUAAAGGAGGGUACAGAUAUGGGACAUUUGUGGACGGCCUGUCUAUUCAUCACAGCUUCUCCAGGUGCAUCACUGUGCAUGGGACCAAUGGCUUGCUGAUAAAAGACACCAUUGGAUUUGACACACUGGGUCAUUGUUUCUUUUUGGAAGAUGGUGUUGAACAGAGAAAUACUUUGUUCCACAAUCUGGGACUCCUCACCAAGCCGGGCACCCUCCUCCCCACUGACAGGAAUAACUCCAUGUGCACCACCAUGCGAGAAAAAGUGUUUGGAAAUUACAUCCCUGUACCUGCCACUGACUGUAUGGCUGUUUCAACUUUCUGGAUUGCUCAUCCCUACAAUAAUCUGAUUAAUAAUGCAGCUGCAGGCUCACAGGAUGCUGGAAUAUGGUAUUUAUUCCACAAGGAACCUACUGGGGAAUCCAGUGGAUUGCAGCUCUUAGCAAAACCAGAACUCACUCCAUUGGGUAUAUUUUAUAACAACAGAGUCCAUUCAAGUUUUAAGGCUGGCUUGUUUAUUGACAAAGGUGUCAAAACAACCAACGCUAGUGCUGCUGACCCAAGGGAAUACCUGUGUUUGGAUAACAGUGCAAGGUUUCGACCUCAUCAGGAUGCUGACCCUGAAAAGCCACGUGUUGCUGCUUUAAUUGACAGGCUCGUUGCUUUUAAAAAUAAUGACAACGGAGCCUGGGUCAGAGGGGGAGACAUUGUCGUUCAGAACUCAGCAUUUGCAGAUAAUGGAAUAGGGCUGACCUUUGCUAGUGAUGGAAGCUUCCCAAGUGAUGAAGGUUCCAGCCAGGAGGUUUCUGAAUCUCUCUUUGUUGGGGAGAGCAGGAAUUAUGGCUUUCAAGGUGGUCAGAACAAGUAUGUAGGCACUGGAGGAAUAGACCAGAAGCCUCGGACACUACCCAGGAACCGGACAUUCCCAAUUAGAGGCUUUCAGAUUUACGAUGGGCCCAUUCAUCUCACCAGGUGCACUUUCAAAAAAUAUGUGCCGACUCCAGAUAGGUAUACCAGCGCUAUUGGCUUCCUCAUGAAGAACUCCUGGCAGAUAACCCCCAGGAAUAACAUCUCUCUCGUGAAGUUUGGUCCACAUGUCUCUCUGAAUGUCUUCUUUGGAAAGCCUGGCCCCUGGUUUGAAGAUUGUGAGCUGGAUGGUGAUAAGAACUCCAUAUUCCACGAUGUUGAUGGUUCAGUGACAGGAUACAAGGACGCUUAUGUGGGAAGAAUUGACAACUACCUGAUCCGCCAUCCAAGCUGUGUAAACGUGACCAAAUGGAACGCAGUGAUCUGCAGUGGGAACUAUGCCCAGGUCUACGUGCAGACGUGGAGCACUCAGAAUCUGACUAUGACCAUCGCACGAGAUGAGUAUCCAUCCAACCCCAUGGUGCUCCGGGGCAUUAACCAGAAGGCUGCCUUUCCUCAGUACCAGCCUGUGAUCAUGCUGGAGAAGGGCUACACCAUCCACUGGAAUGGCCCGGCACCAAGGACUGCUUUUCUAUACCUCAUAAACUUCAACAAGAACGACUGGAUUCGAGUUGGCCUCUGCUAUCCAUCCAACACAAGUUUUCAGGUUACCUUUGGCUUUUUACAGCGGCAUAAUGGCUCAUUAUCCAAAAUGGAAGAAUAUGAGCCUGUGCAUUCACUGGAAGAAUUGCAGAGGAAGCAGUCUGAGAGGAAAUUCUAUUUUGACUCCAGCACGGGGUUGCUAUUUUUGUAUCUCAAAGCCAAAAGCCACAGGGAUGGCCACAGUUACUGUUCAUCUCAGGGAUGCGAACGAGUCAAGAUCCAGGCAGCAACAGACUCAAAAGACAUCAGUAACUGCAUGGUCAAGGCGUAUCCCCAGUAUUACAGGAAGCCAUCAGCACUCAAGCGGAUGCCAUCCACGCUCAAGGGACUCUGUCAAGGCUGUGGGACCCGUCAGGUGGUGUUCACUAGUGAUCCUCAUAAGAGCUACCUCCCCGUGCAGUUCCAGUCACCCAGCAAAGCAGAGACUCAGCGCGGAGACCCGUCUGUUAUCUCUGUCAACGGCACCGACUUUACCUUCCGCAGUGCGGGGGUCCUUCUCCUCAUCGUGGAUGCUUGCAGUGUCCCCUUCCGGUUGACGGAGAAGAAAUUUUUCUCUCUUGCCGAUGUCAGUCGUGUGGAAGAGUAUUUAAAAGCAGGCAUCCCUCUAAGGUCAAUUGUUCUGUUGAGCACAAGAGGAGAAAUAAAACAGUUAAAUAUCUCACAUUCGUUAGUACCUCUGGGAUUAGCCAAACCAGCUCAUCUUUAUAACAAAGGGAGUACCGUUUUUUUGGGAUUCAGCGGAAACUUUAAACCAUCAUGGACUCAGCUAUUUAGCAGCCCUGCUGGACAGGGCCUCGGGCUGCUUGAACAAUUCAUACCUUUGCAGCUGGACGAAUAUGGUUGUCACAGAGCCGGCGCUGUCCACAGAAAAGACCUGGAGCUCUUAAAGCAACUUCAAAAGCACAUUAGAGACUAACUGUAACUUAAGUGCUAGGGGAAAAAAAAUGUGAACUAACUUAUUUAAUUUAUGGCAUUUUAAAAUGACACUGUUAACCCAAUGGAACCAUUUUCCUGUUUGAUACAGAAAGGGGAGAAAAGAAAGCGUUUAAAGGAAUUGCUGGAAUACUGGCUCACGCACCUUCUAGUUGUACAAAAUGUUAGAGAAUUUAUUUGUAUUUGUUAGGCUGGUAUCUUCAGAGAGCAGUUCUCUUCUUCCUCGCCUUCCACCCCGGUGUUUUCUCCUGACCACAGGCAGUGCUUCACCUUUUGUAUAAUGGGAGGUCGUGCAGUGGGGUGGGGGUUCUGAGAGUCAGCCUGAGUCCUGGGGAGGACCAGCUCUUGUAGCACCUUGGAUACUUGAAGUCUAAUGCUCAGUGUGUCGUUGACUUUGGUCAGCAGUUGACUUGGGUGGCUGGCGUGCUCAGUGAUGCCUUGGGCCCUGGUUCCGGGCAGCCUUUGAGAAUUUUAUAGGCUAGUGAAUGAUAGCGUUUUAAGUGGCAACUCAGGCUCAGCUCAUGCCCUUUUUGCCUGGACAUGUGCUAUUUUUAUUCAUUUGUAUAUUGCUUCCUUCUAAGAGUUCCACUUUCAAACAGGAAGCAUAUUGGGACAAAAGGGCUUUUAGGGGUUAGACAUCCCUUUAAUCUGUGACCAUUGGGCAAAAAUUGGACCUCCACCAAGGUCUGAGGUUGUUGGGACCAUUUUUGCAGCUUUAAUCCUUAGCCUGUUUCGACUGUAUAUUUGUGUUUAAAACACAGAGCUGAGCUGAAUAUUUACAUUAUUUUUAAAAGAAGCAGGCCGUUUUCCUGAACUGUAAACUUGGGUCAUUUCAACUUGCACAAAGGAAGUCUGUUCUUGGGGUGGCUCCUGCACCCGGGUUUUGUGUUGUUGUUUUUGUGUGUGGAUUUUUUUUUUUAAGCGUUUCUGCUCAGCAUCCUGCCAGGAAAAUUGCGGAAAGCUUAAAUAAUACCCGAAAAUAUUGUACUCAGGGGGAGAAAAAAGGGAGAGCCUUUUAAGGGCCAGAAUCAUGGAGUGAAUAUUCAGAAACAAAACUCUUUAUAGCCUUAGAGGUGUCGGUCACUUAAUUAAUUAAAUUGUUAGAGCCAAUUAAAAAAAGGUGCCAUGACGCCCUAUUUCCCUUCCCACUGGGAGCAUGCAUCUCCUGCCAGUGAGGAUUGCAUGUGGCAGAAAGAGACUGGAUCCACAGCCUGGGAUGUCACCACAUCAAGAGGAAAGAAGCAUCAAGAUGCCUUUACCUUUUCCUAAACCCACAAUGCAUCAAGUGUGUGGAGGGACGGCCACGGCAAGAUGGUAGGAAGUGUGUUCAUGCUGACUUGGGCAGUGAGUACAGACAAAUUCACUUUCCUCUCCUAGGAGCAAUGGCUGAUGACCUGUCCCCCGUGUCCAGGAGAAACUGCAGAGCAGCUCUGUGACUUCUGUUACUUUACAAAAUAUGCUACCUCAAAGUACUACCAAUAAACCUUUCUAACUGUAAGUGCUCUUGCUGAGGGCACACCUCUUAAUCAAAGUUUAGGGUUUGGGGGUUUUUUUUGUAUAUUGAUGAAUGAGAUCUUACCUAUUAAAUAUAUUAUUGGAUCAUGGUUCCUGAAGGUGAUUAAAGUUUGUGUGUUUUUUAUGACUUAAAUAUCUUUUAUGUGUGUUUUUUAGAGUUUGGCUCUUUAAAGAUUUGGAGAGGAUAUGUAAGUUCCAAGGCACCCAGUUUUUCUGAUUUGCAUGCUAAUAGUCAGGGCCCAAGUUAAAUAAAUAAAAAUAUGUGUGCAUGUAUUUUUUAUA